GCAAGAGACGAUCUUGAACUUGAACGAAGCCCGUGCGCCGUUGAUCGCUGCAACGAGCUUUCCAAACAGUUCUUUGGCAGGUCUUCGUUUGUUCAGGCCAAAACUUUCGCGGUCGCGAUACUUUCCGCAACACGGUGGUGCUUAACUGAAUUUACGAGUUGACGAGGUUUGUGAUUCAAAGGACGUAGGGCCGACGCGUUCGUUGAGUGACGUUCGCGAAAAGAAGGAUUAGAAGCAGAAAAAAAGUUCGUUGGAUUUUAAAUUCCGAGUGAAGUGAAGGCACAUCCUGUCGAGUGUCAUUCACGGCAAAAUUCCGUCUCCACUGUAGACAAAUCUACUGAAUAGAAUUGUGAUUAACAUAAGUGGACACUCGUGUCGCACUCGACUCUUUCUGCGAGUCGUCGUAGAUCAAAAAGGGCACAAUAUCCGCAGCAGUGCAUUCACCGUAAGUAACGAGCAGUGAAGUGGUAAUAUUCAUUCCCUUUCAACUCUUGACAGCCCGUCAUCAUUCUCAGGUGAAUACUCACUUUACGGGUCUGGCGAAAGUGACUGUCUGUGGCGGCGGUGUUCUACUGUGUCCCAGUAGUUCCCGGGUGACGAUGGCGUUUGGUAAUAAACAUGCAGUGAAUUUGUUGUAACCGUGAAAAGUGUGUGUGUAUAUUUGUGUACGUAUGUACCUGGCAACAUGAACCCGAGGUGCUGCUGCUGGCUCGGACUCGGAGACAGAAGAGAAAAAUUCGUUUGAUUUUUUGUUGUCGCCCGUGUGGAAAAGCACGGAAGAGUUAGUAAAGUGACACACGUCAAAUCAGAUCAGGAGAGCUCUCUCCGGCAGCUUUACUGUCAGACGGCAGUCAGUAGCCAGAAGUAAUAAGACUUGGACUGUGGUGCCGUGAAUGAGGUCAAAAAGCGAAAACAGCCACCAUUACAGCCACUCAGCAGCAGCGAGUGCCACCGGAGAAGAUCGGCAGGCCUGUUGUACGCUAACAACACAUUAAUGACAGAGUAGGUGGUGGGCUGCUUCCGUGGGUACCAGCUAGCAGCUAACACAAAGAAAGUGGAAAAUCAUCCGUAUAAUCAGUCGAACAUGCGGGCCGCGCCUGUGACCGGCGAAUGCCCCCGAAAAGUGCACUAAAAUCCAUAGUCGAAGCUCGGUUGGUCAGUGAAAGUGAAACGGCGGUGGCAAAUGAUUUUACAGCUCUUAAAAAUCUCGGGAACAAAGCAUAAUGUUUGUGGAAGAGAUUUCGUUCAUCCCACCAAAAUGGGGCCACCGAAGUGAUAUGUGAGUGUGAUAUGUUUGGUUUGAGACAGCUGGGCACAAGGUAGAUAGUGGAUAGUGGAGAGCAUUCAGUAGCUAGUAGGCAAAAAAAGUGAAAUAAAUAUAUAAAACAACAAGCAUCAUACUUUAUCUCGCAGCUCACCAGCUGCACAAAACCAUUUGUCAGCGGAACCAACAGUUUUUUGGACUUUGUUAGCGAACUUCCGGACGUGCUCGGCGGUUCCGGGAGGGAAAUUUAGUCCCGUUGAAACCUUCCACCGGCGAACCGACAAACGAGCGGACAGCCAGAAUGGAAUCCAUUUACGGAACCAACAAGAAAUAUAUGCAGAGUCUGACCGCAGGAAGUGACUUCUACAGAUGUCCCAGCACAAUUAGACCGAUGGCAGCGGAUUACUCCACCUACCACAACACGAUGGGCCGGCGGUCGACGCUGAUGGGUGGUGGCGCCCCCUACACCCACAUGAACAAGUACUCCUACCCGACGGAUAUGAGCCUGAGCAGCCAUUACGGGUACACUUCAUGGGGUUUAUGGCGCGACAAUCGGAAUCUGUCUUCGUCGAUGUACGGCAAAAAGCAGAAGAACUUCAGAUCGGUUUCCGUUCUGCUGCUGUCGGCUGCCUUCAUAGUGGUCCUUGCCAUACUGUGCGUGGUCGGGCUGGCUUUCUAUCUGAGCGCAUUCAAGUCGGACCUCAGCGAAUCGAUUCUCGUGUUUGACUGCACGUUCCGGGUAACCCGGGGGGACAUUUACACCACCGGGCUGCGUUCGAACCACACCUCGGUCUUCCGGCAGAAGUCGGCCUUUUACGAGCGGCUCAUCGGCACGUCGCUGGAGCAGAGUGGCCUCACGGUGUCCCGUACGGAAAUUAUGGACUUUGGCGACGGGCCAACGAUUGUGCUGAGCUUUCGCGUGUUUCUCGACAUGAGGAAGAUUAAAAUAACUAUUAAUAACGUGGAGGAACACAUCCGGCAGGCGGUGCUCAGCGAGCUGGUGAAUCCACAUUCACUGUUCCGGCACAUAAAAGUGGAUCCGGAUUCGAUCGAAAUAAAGAGGCUGCUGGAUAAGACCGUUCUGCGAACGGCGUUUUUGGCGAAGGAAGAGUUCCUACCGUCACCAAUCAAACCGUUGGAGGACCGGUUCGGACCGGCGAAAAAGUCCGGCAUAAUUGAGAAAACCAUCCACAAGUUCACGGCAAAAGUCGCUUCGUCCACCGUACCGUCAGUGUUCGAAAAGAAACAGCCACCAGAGCAGCCCCAACAGCACCAGCAGCAAGACGGCGAGUCUGACAUUGACAUGGAUAAUUUACCGGUUAUACAAGGGUCAUUUGAAAUCACGAAAACGGAUGCGGAUAUCACACAGAAGAGGAAUACAGGAGGAGGAACGGCGGGAACAGUAGCGCAACCCGUUUCGACGUUGAAACCAUUCGCCGUCAGUCCGGCUCAACUGAAGGUUCGAGCCGGUGACAAAAAGCCACAUGACAACGUUAAAAUCUCGUAUGCGGAGGAAAAUACAACCUCAUCCUCAUCAACGAUGCGCCCCGGUGCCGGGGCCAGACUAAAAUAUGAAACCGGCACGGCCAAGAUUGAAAAAACUGACAAACAUGGUGCGACAACGAAGAAAAUUAAAACUAAUUCCGGCAGCGGCAGUCGAGGCACGUCAGCAGGCUCUACGGCCACGAGGCGAACUACGGCUAGUACCUCAACUAGUCCGUUAACAACCACGACUACGACCAGCACUACUACCGUUACCACUCCCACGACCACCCCUUCCACCACGACGACGCCGAGGACGACACUGAAGAGUACUACCAGCGUCACAACAACGCCAGCUUUGACGGUCGAAUCGGCCACAAAAACCAGUCUAUACGAGGAGUAUGAGUGGCUAACCGAGUCUCCCGCUAACGACCAAAAUGGCACGCUGCUGGAGAACUUUUUGCAGGCCCUCAUCAACGACAGCCUGCCGGAUGAGCUGGUGGCCGCUCAGAACCGGAUGGAUGAAAACAUCCCCAAGCUGGACGUCAGUUUGUUUACCAGUGCUCCAAUCUUGGACAAACAACCGUGGCAACCGAUUCGGCCCUCGAUUCCGAAGGAGAUUCUCCUGCACCACAAGUUCACACCAACGAAAGCGCCGAAAAAGAAGCCCACCCUGGCGGAGGAGAUUCUCUAUCGGAACAAAAUCAGCGACAUCGAAAGCUCGCUGUACACGGAAAGUCCGGUCGGACAGAUCUACUACCAGAGUUUCACCAAUCCUAGCUUCGGUUCUUCGACGCUGGGAAUCGAACCGCUAGGUGUGGUCGAUGUUAAACCGUAUCCGCUGCCGGUGGACAAGAUCAGCAUCGAACCGGUGCCGGACUUUAAGGUUAUGACUCCGACCGCGAUUAGCGUCGGAGAGCAGGUGUUGAACUACACGUUGGAUGAUCAGCGGUUUGAGCAUUUGGGCGGGGGUGUGAUUGCCAAGAAGCCGGAAAGCAAGAUCGCACCGUAUAAAACUACAACAGAUGGGGCGAAGACGAGUGUGUUUACGGUAACGCCGGUCUAUAUGCCGAGUAGCAGUGAGAAUGUUGUUAAUUCGACGGAUGAUUUUUCGGAGUAUUACUUUACGGAUGGUUUGAAGUUUACCGAUGUGACUACGAUGGUGAAUGAGGAUUUCAAUGAUACUUUGCUGGAUUACGCGAUGAGUAUGGAGUCCCGGAUUAGUCCGGAUGAUGAAGAAGUGGUCUCUACUACGGAGAAUUUCAUGACUUCGACCAUGGAUGGCGGUGCGAAUAGUGUGGAAAGUUUAACAGAAAUGUCGUUGGAGUCUGGAUCCAAUGAGUUGCUGAUGGCGAUUACCGAUCAGUCGGAGGAUCUCACCACGGGUUCAACUACGGAAUUGUUCGUUACUAGUACGGAAGUAACAACGGAGCAGCCUAAAACCAGUACGAGUAAACGAACGACGUUCGUGGAGGUUGAAACGCUGAAGUACACACCAACGACAAGCAUGCCGACUGCUACGGUAACCGUUCCGGAGCUGUUCCCGAUCAACAAGUGGGAAUUCGUGAACGGAUCUCGGCUGACAACCGCGAACAGUCCUUCGACACGCAAGGUUUACAACGAAACUCUGCAAGCCUUAGUCGUGGAAAACAUCCAACUGACGACAACGAUUCCCAGCGUUAAGAUUGCCAGCUUGAAACGCAACACCACUAAGCUACAAAAUCUUUCCUCUAUUUUUGACACGCUAGCCUCCAAGUUGGGUAUUCAAACGGAAUCCUCCAGCAAGACGCCUCCGUUUUCAUCGCUCUCAAAAAUCAAGAACCAAUAUAAAAAUUCAGUAACUCGAAACUCGACUAAAAAUCGAACCAGAACAACAACACGACCGAAGCGGAAGAAGAAUAAAAACAACAGAAGAACUUCAACAACGACCACCUCAACAACAACCGGCGCACCGUUAGAGCCAUCAAGCACAACAACCUCAACAACACCGACCCCGAUCUUCGACACGACCCCUUUUGCCAAACCAAUACCGACUAUCACCAGCGAUGACCUGGUGGACGUCGUUCCGGUUAUGAUAGCCCCAACCAACGAGUACUCCUCCGAGCAGUACAUUGGCCAAGCGGAAGUGGAGGUCAUCGAUCCGAACAAGUACGACGAAAUGCUCCGCUUGCUGUCGACCACUCCGCCGAGUCUGGUUCGCUACGCUACGACGACGGCCGCUAGCCCAGCCAGCCUGGUGACGCUGCUGCCCGCCAAAUCCAACUCGGGCAUCAAGAAUUUCCGACCAAAAAUUAAGCUACAACGGCGCCCGACAAAAGCCACCAGCAGCGGCUCGUUAGCAGCUGAUAAUCAGCCUUCUCCGAUGCUGGUUUCCGUUGACACGCAAGCCACCGGCGCCGGCGGCGGUCGAAGCGACGCGAUCCAAAAUUCAAAAUUAAUUAAUGCAAAUAAAAGUGGCGCUGCAGGCCAGGACGGCGUCACCAUUCGGCACAGUCCCGAUGACAAUGUUGCAGGUGGUGGCGCAACCGAUGACGGCACCGAUGACAGCCACCGCGGCAGCAGCGGUGAUGACGGCAGUCGGGGCUUCAACAACCAAAAUGAUAAUAAAAAUAACACAAUGGUGGAAACGGUGGUUAGGGCCAGUAUGCGCUUUGAAUCAUAAUAAAAAAAACCCUGAAAUGCCACUGCAGUAGCGCACGACGAUGGCUGGGGCUGGGUGGUUCGGAGCCACCGCGGGCCAGCCAGGAUACCGUGGCCAGUGGCGUAAUUGUGUGCAUUGUGAUGUGAAUUUUACGGCAAAGGGAUGAUUGCGAAACGCGAACUAUGAACGAAGAAACGAACGAGUGACGGCGAGUGGAACACGAGCGAGUGCGAUGGUGAUGGGAAACCGGGGAAAACCUGCAAGGAGGAAGGCAUCCUCCGAGGAGUUGAAGAGAAAAAAAUGUGAUUCUAUGUACGAAAACGAGAGAAUUCAGCAGCUUCCCGUGACACGAGCUUGAAAAUCACAGCUGGGGUUGUUCUCGGACGAACUUUUAUUACAUCAUACUGUUAUUUCACGCCUAACAAAUAUUGAUGAUAAGCUCCAAAUUUAGUUAAAUUUGAUCACCCAACUGAAAAAAAAAACGCUCAAUUCUACCAAGGGACGAACCCCACCGUGAAAAACAAGAAAAACGAAACCCCAAAAGAGCUACCGUAAAAAAGACGUACCGUGAAAGUACAAGUGGGGCCAGCGGUCACUGACAGUGCCUAGUACUACCCAGGCAGCCAGUGGAGAACGAUUGUACGACGUAGCCCUGAAACUCGUUACAAUCCUACCAUGCUGGCGCGGUCGAGCCACUUGUGCAGAACUGCAGCUCAAGGUAAGCACUUACAGCGGUACAGUAUUCUUACUACGACAUGCAACCUAACUAAACAUUUCGAGAAACCGGCACACAACCGAAACCGAUGAAACCGCGGGAGCUGCUAAUGAAAUCUCCAUUUUAACGAAGAUAAAAAAACGUGAAGCAAAGCGAAAACCUCACUAUGAUACUAUAAUAGAGAAAAGAAGAAAAAAAAUACAAAAAAUACACACGUUCUUCCUUUACCAAACCCUCCCUUCAGAAGGAUUGGUGGUGGAGACGCGUGGUACUUAGCUGUGUAAGAUGUAUUAUAAAUUAAGCAACCGAACUAAUUUAUUGUACUUUUAGUAGAAAACGCUUCCUGUUUUCAUUGUCUCCUUCUCUCUCGUUUCUUUGGGGGUUUAUAAAGUUUGAUUUUAGUAUUUUUUUAGGCUACUACUUGUACUACUAGUUCAAGACUGAUCGCGGCAGUAGUUUUACAGGAGAAUAGUUUAAAACCAUUUACGAAAUUUGGUGCGAAAUCCUUCCAUUCUUUACUUCCAUUGAAAAAGAAACAUUAAACAAAAAACGCAGCUUAGCUAGUAGUGAUAAGGAUUUUAGUUUUCAAACCAUAGUUUUACGGCCGGCUCAUGUGGGAGCUGAAUUUUAUGUGAAUAAAUACCAGUCUAAAUGAUUACGUAAUUAUACUAUCCGAAACGGUUUUGCAGUAUUUUUUUUCCAACCAAGUUUUGUACUCUAGGCUAAUCUUUUGGCGAAAUAAAACCGAUAUUUAAACCAA